UUAAUUCAAAUAGCAACAGAGAAUGAAGAAGAAUAAAGCAAGCCCAUGUAUUUAGCAGCGCAUGACUAACUUUUCUUUAAAACAAACUAUUAUUCCAUUGCUGUGAUACUAUUACGUAAAUUGCGGAAGUCAGUAACUGACAAAGGCAAGCCAGGCUCCUCUAAAUGCAAGAUUAAUUACAGCAUUUUGUGUUUCACCCAGAUUAUGGUCUGCAAGUCUGCAGCGCGCGAUCUGCAGCCGGUUUAUGAAACCACUUUAAAAAUAAGGACUUCUCGGCUUUUGUGUGGCUACACUGCUGGUGCACAAAGAUACCGGUGUGUCGGCGGUGGGUGUUGAGUGGUAGGGCCGUCGCCACAGCUGAGAAAAAGCUGUUUCCCACGGCCCGUGGUGCUGGUCCGGAGUCGCAGAGGCGCAGCCUGGGGCAGGAAGGGACCAGAGGUGGUUUUUGGCCUCUGCUGUGAAUAUCCCGGUAUUUCUCUUCGGCGCCCUGCAGCCUGCUGAGUUCGGGGCCCUUGCGAGAGCACACAGCUGAGUCAGGCUGCCCUGCUUUAUGAACCAAUCCGGUACCAUCUGCAAACACUUUAUAUCAGCUCCGUCCCUGCUGCAAAAAUGUGAAGUCUGUGCCAGGCUCCAAACUGACCCCAUUUUCAGACUUGGUUUAUUUGCAGGCGGGUAAUUUCACUCGUUCCUGGGCCAACACUGCUUAGAAUGAUAGUUUCUUGGCUCAUUCUUUGCACCUUCUCCAUGUAUAUAUAUGCACAUGGAUACUUGUUUACACAAUGUCACACACACACACAUAUAUAUAUGUAUGUAUGCACAUAUAUAUGGAGUCACAUUCCUUCCUAGGCAGAAGUCACGCUGUUGCCAGCUCCUCUGGUAUGACCCGGUUUUGAGUUCCUGUAUCCUCUUCAGCUUUCCCUGUACCUGCUGCCUUUUCAACAUGCAAUACUGAAACUGCAGAUAAUACUCCACUGUUUGCUUUUCAUUUCUAAAGGUCUUGCAGCUGUUAAAAAAUGGCCGAUUCCUGAAGUUUUCAACAAAAUGCAAAUAAUGGUCAGGUGCACCAAAACUCCCAGGGGGGUUCCAUGAACCAGGGCAGAAUGGGAAAAAAAUACAACGGAAGAAAUGUCUCAAAGAUCAGUUUUGUUAGCCUUCAAAUUUCAAGCACUGGCGUGUUUUGAGGCUUGUUUUGAAAGUUUAUAGCUUCAUGAGUACCAUGCCAGGAUAGAAAUCUGUACCAAUUUAUUUGAAUUUUAAUUUGCAACCAGGGAUCUUAGGCAUAUGAAUCUGUUAUUUUCCUGUCCACAUAUUACAGGCAACUCUUACCUGUGUCUUUAUUUGUCUGUAUUUUUCUCUUUUUUCCAUCAUUCAAGAAGGAAAAUAUCAUUAUUGGUGUUUUUAUUAAAUGCUUCUGGUGAAAUGGUACUUAAGUGCAUGCUUUCUGCAUGUAAGAUAUCUAAAUAGUUUUGAUAACUGGAAAAAAUCAGCUUACUAUAAACAGGAAUGUGCUGCCCUAUAUUUAAUGUUUAUGAAAUUUAAAUGUUAAGUGUCUGGUAAAAUAGGUUUAAAAUUAAGUUUUUACUUUGAAGCAUGGCUGAAUCAGUAGAAGUUGAGCCUAAAAGACAGUGAAAACACUUUUAAUUUUUUUUUUUAAGGUUACUGAAAUAAUAUUAGUGCUUAAUCCAUAUAAGACCAAGUAACUAGCUGGAUUACUUCCACAGAAUUACAUUUGGAAAACAGAAAAAAUACACAAUUUGGUGUCAGUGCUACAAGAAGCAAGUUGCAUUCUAGCUCUGGGAGGGUCCAACCCUAGGAUAAACCAUACUUUCAGAAUGACUGCCUUUUGCAUAAUGAAACGUUUAUGUCAAGCAACCAGAAAUGAGAAUAGAUAUGCAAAAAGAUUCUUUGGCACCCUUCUGAAACAAGCACCACAAAAGAGCGUCUUUUCUCCAUUCUGGAUGGUGGUACCUGACCCUAGCAAGUCAGCUGUGCUUGGACUUACUCAACCAUUUUGUACAGCUGAAACAUCUCCCAAGGAACCAAAAAGGAAAGCAGCAUUUGGAAGCGUUGGGCGAAGAAUUCCCUAUCGGAUUUUGCACUUAAUCAACCAGGAUGGAGAGAGCUUAGGAACUAUGCACCGAGCAGAGGCACUCAAGCUUAUGGAUCAGCAGAACCUGAAACUAGUUCUCCUUCGUGAGAAUGCAGAACCUCCUGUAUACAGAUUAAUGUCUGGGCAGCAGAUUCACGAAGAACAGCUUAAACGUGCAGAGAAAAAAAAAGCAAGUCCAAAUCCAGGGCUGGUUCAGAAGGAGUUAUCCUUUUCUUCAGCUAUUGCCAAGAACGACUUAGAGACCAAGACUAAACAGAUAGCACAGUGGAUUGAAAAGAAAUACCAUGUUAAAGUUACCAUCCGGCAAGCAAAAGAUAGCAAUACAGACAUGUUCAUGCUUUUUGAUCAGAUUUUGGAACCUAUGUCUGCGAAAGCCACUUAUCUUUCUAAGCCAAAAGUUACUAGAGAAGGAGUGAGUGCCUGUGUUUUGAGACACAUGUCUGACAAAGAGUUGAAAGCAUAUCAGAAGAUGGAAAAACAGAAAAACAUUACAGUAAAGAAAGAUGAAAAUGAAGAUCUGAAGUCAGAUGAGUUGCAUCAGUGACUUUAUGAAGAGGUAUAAACAAUGUCUUAUUUAAAAAAAAAAAUAAAAAUAAACUAAAUAAAA